AUUCAUUUUUCAAAAUUGAGCGUUGCCUCAUGACCUCUGACUGUGUGUGUGUUCUCCGUUCUUGCCUUCGUCCCCAAUCGUUGACUCCUUGCGAUUUCCUCACCUUCUGAUUUCCAGCCUCCGUGUGUUCCACUUCAAUUAGGGUGUUUUCGCCACUGUGAGAAUUUUUUUUGAAGUCGUUUGGGCGUGCUGCGAGUACAAAUCUGGUUGUGAUGAGGGUUUCCGAGCUUCGGUUGUGUUUUGGUGGAUUCAACGAUGGCGAAUUUGACCACUAGUAAAGGAAUGGAGGGCUCGGAUAAGAUGUCCGAUUCCGGAGAACUCGGGACAAAGAUGGAGGGAAAGAAUACAGCACUGCAGGAAAAAUGCCAGACUUAUCUGGAUUUGUGGGCUCAUCGCAAGGAACAUCUCCAACAGGCAGACAAAAUGGCCAAGGCUGCCUGUGCAGGUAAACACGCAAACUUUUCGCUGGCAUGCGCAAAUGCUAAGCUCAACGUCUCCCUCACAACUGAGCGGUAUCGCGCUUAUCAAACCGAGUGUAAAUUGGAUGACGCUGCGAUCAAGAUACAUCAUCUAGAAUGGAAUGUAUCGGUCCUGAAAAACUUGAUCCAGAAGGAAAAGGAAAAGGCUCAUGCAGCCGAGCAAAGAGCCAGAACCAUUCUCGAAGCGCAGAAGCAGGUGGAAGCUGCCCAUGCCUUUCACAAGCAGGAAGUAGAGGUAAUUAGGAAGGAGCUUCAUCAGAAGCUUAUAGAAAGCGAUUCAAGGUGCCAAAAAUUGCAGCAUGAAGUUAAGGAGAAGAGCAUGGACCUAAAAAACGGUCAAAAUGAGCUGAGAAAACUGCAGAAGACAUUAGGAGAGAUAGCACGAGCACGUGAUGACGCUCUUGUUCAGGUGUCAUUCCUAUCGUUCGAACUGGCUGAGUUAAAAAAAGAUACUGCUCUUUUCGCCGACAGAAUUGCUGAUCUCGACCCCAAAAACCCUUCUUCAACAAGCUAUAAGCUGCAUGAAAGUAUUCAAAAGAAAGCAGCAGAAAUGGAGAGGCUGUCAUCAGUGAUAGCUUCUAAGGAUGCUAUCAUGGAGGCCUUGCGCGUAGAGAAAGAAUCGUUGCAAACUCAACUUGAGGUCACCACAAAGGAUGUCCUGGGACGGAGGGACGCUUUUGAGGAGAUCCAGAGACAAGCAGCUGCGGCAGAGAAAGAACACAAGAGGGCCCUGAAGGUGUUGGAAAAGGAAUCUGCUGCAGCGAGCAAACUUGUGGCGAAGAAGGAACAAGCGCUACAGAAGCUGAAGCUGCAACUAGAGAAACUACUUGAAGGGCAUCAACAAAUGAAAAAGGAGAAUGCGGAUAACAAAAUACAGCUGAAGGAUCUUGAGAAAAAGUGCACAGAAGCUGCAAACAAAUUGUCUGAGAAAGAGAAUGCCUUGGAUAAAGCUAUGGAAGAGAUUGACGAGCUACGUAUGCAGAAUGCGGGCUUGGCGGUGCUUUUUGAAGAUCGCGAGAACAUAGAGAAGGAGGGAGAAAGCAGCGAACAAAAGCUGAGGGAGCUUGAUUCGCAGAUUGCGACGACUGCCAAGUCCUUGGCUACCAAGGACGAACAAUUGAAGGAAAUAACUCAACGUUUAGAGGAGGUUCACAAGGAAAAUGCAAGUCUUCUAUCAAAGUGCUCUGCUUUGGAAGGGAAUUUGGAGCGCGAAUCCUCCAAGGCGUGCAAAGAAUACAAGCAGAAGUUGGAGCAAAUGGAAGAGCAGUAUAAUGUUGCCAACACUUUGGUGGGUAAACUUGAUAAAAAAAUAGAGAAAAUUACUCAGAAGCUUGCAGAUUCGGAACAAUUACGUACUUCUGUUGAAGAUAGUUGGACACAGCGACACUCAGAGAAGGUGGAAAUGCUAGUGAGUCAAUUGAAGGAGGCUGAAAGGAGAUGUACUGCAGCUACUAGGCUGGGAGAUGAAAAGGAGAAUACGUUGAGAAUGAUUAAGAAACAGCUCGAGGACACUCAGAAAGAAAACGUCAGUCUAAGAACUCGACUUUCUGAUCUUGAGCGACAAGAGGAAAGUGAGAUAAGUUUAGGUGAUCGGGGUCCGAAAAUUCAAAAUGGAAGAGGAGCAGCCGUAGGUGGAGAUGCCUCUAUUCGAAAGCCAUUGGUGGAAAUUUCUGACAAUGAUGUUCGGAGUUCAAGAAGAGUUGCACGGGGCAGGAAAAGCUCCGUGGAGAAUGAAUCAGGUAAAGCAGCAAAACAAAAGAGGGCUGUUGAUCAGGCAGCGGACACCUCGUCAGAUGAUGAAGCUCCUACGCCUGCGCCCAAGAAAGGAUCUACCAGAAAGCGUCAGCUGAAAAAGACAACAGGGGAUGUGGAUCCAACUCCGUCAGCAAAGAGAAGACCUCCAAGAAAUCCGAGCACUGCCAGCAAAAGAUUAGCAAAUCCAGGAGGGAACGCUCUUGCCCAGCUUUUGGUGGGAUCCACUCCCUUACCACCAAAGUCUAUCAGCCUGCAUGCCCCUACAACUGGCUCGAAACGGAAACUCGGAUCUUUCUCUGGGAGCUUAAUGAGAUAAUCUGCCAAAUAGAGUGGUAUGUAUUAUGUAUUAUUUAGAUCCAUUAAUGACUCACUUACGAGAGUUCGUUACAUGUACAAUACGCAAAUUGUCUACCAGUGUGUUUUAUUGAGAUCAAUUUACGAGGGGUGGCACGUGAUUU